ACUUACAACUACAAAGACCUUUCACAAAAGGCCAUAUGGGAUCGAUUCUUUGUGCCUGAAACCUAUAAACGCCGUGUACGAGGACAUACCAUGGUGGCGCUGACCAGAAUGGAGCUGAUACUGACUACGACCCGCUAUUACAUGAACCAUAGCAAAUGAUACGUGACAAGGCCCUCGACUUCGGGCGGAGACAUGCAGAGCUUCUAGAGCCGCAUCCAGAUCCCCUCGAUAACUCGACUGUCGAUGGUUUCCCUGGUGUCAAGUGCUACCGAAAUUUAAUCUACACUCUGCUCUUCCACACGCCUGUACUAUCGAACUAUAUCGACGAGUAUCACAUAGCUGACUGUCCAGAUAAAGCCAAAGGGUGCAUGAUUUGCAGGUUCCGGAAUCUCGCAAAAAGGGUUUGGGCUCCGGGAAGGAUACGUGAUCAUACGUUCAACUAUGACACUGAUAGGUUCUGGAGAGAGGCAAUUGAUCGUGUUUGGGAUUGGGAUAUUCAGCAGGACACCCAGAAGUAUAUGCAAGCUUUACUUGACACUUUAAACAGAAACUGGUGGGCUGAAUAUAACCUCCAAAAUGGGAAUGAAAUGGCUAUGACCCUAGUACCGAUGAAUGGCUCAGGGGUCUUUUAUCCCUAGAAGUGCAUACAUAAGGGCCUACCAGGAAUGCUCACGUCGUUCACAAUAGCCAGAGAAUGUCUGGGUCUUGCGAGGAAACAUGCCAAAUAAAGACACUAACGAUUUAUCGCUAGGAGAAGCUCUCAAAAUAUACAAAGAAACAACUGCAUCUGCUGAGAAAUAUGAUUGUAUGUUAUGAAAAAAGUGACAGAUCACGAGGUCUCCAAGC